AAUCGCAAUAGUAAUAGUAUAGUUGAUAGAGUUUGGCAAAGAAUAGAUCAGAGUACAUUGACAUUUGUUGUCAUUGCAUUGGUACUGAGAUGUAUAAAUUCAGUGUUGAUAAUCACCUACUUUGAUCCCGAUGAGUAUUGGCAGAGUCUUGAAGUGGCACAUCAUUCAGUCUUUGGCUAUGGCUAUCUAACAUGGGAGUGGGAUGUCAAGAUUCGAAGUUUCAUGCAUCCUUCAAUCUACGCUGCUCUCUUCCACUUGCUCAAACUACUAAAUAUAGAUACUCCAUACCUUGUUUAUAUUACACCAAAGUUGCUCAGUGGAGUUGCUGUCGCUGUUUGUGACGUCUAUUUGUAUAAGCUGGCCAAUUCAAUGUUUGGACAACAAGUUGCAAAGUGGACGCUGAUAUGUCACUAUAUGUCAUGGUAUACAUUCGUAUGUUUGGUACGAUCAUACUCCAACUCAAUCGAGACCAUCUUGUUUGUCAUAUCUCUAUACUAUUGGCCACUACCUGGAAAGAACUACCGAGUAUUCAAUAAUAUACAGAUCACUGUUAUUAUUACUACGAUUGCAUUUAUGAUUAGACCAACUACUGCAUUGAUGUGGCUGUACUUGGUACCAUUAUACAUGUUGACGUCAAUAAGAUCGAUGAAACAAUUGGUUCAAUUCCUGUUCAGAGAUGUAUUGCUUGCGGCAUCGAUCACACUGGCCAUGGUCAUUGUCGUGGACUAUUGUUUCUACAAGGAGAUCACAUUGGUACCAUACAACUUCCUAUACUACAACAUUGUACGCAACUUCUCUGCACUCUACGGUACACAUCCAUUCCACUGGUACUUCACCAAUGCACUGCCUGUAGUUGCAUUCACUCUCUUACCAUUGGUCAUACUCGGUUGUCAAAGAUUAUAUACAGUUCAACAAAGAGGAGGAGGUGGAGGAGCGAACAGAUUACACUUGGUGGGAGUCACAUUGGUCACCGUAACAUUGUACAGUUGUCUUGCACACAAAGAGUUUAGAUUCAUCUUCCCCAUUGUACCAUUGAUGAUGAUCUACGCUGGUUAUUAUAUUAGUACAAGUGUUGAUCAACAGCCAAUCACUACAAUCGUUGCAAAUACUGGUACGGCUGCCCCUGCCAAGACCAGAGGUAUCAAGAAUCACAAGGCAAUAUUAUUAUUAUUAUUGCUAAACAUACCGAUGGCUAUGUUCUUUGCACACUUUCAUCAACGAUCACCAAUCGAUGUGAUGCAUUACAUCAGAGAGGAGAUAUCACCCAAUCAUCAGACCAACUCAACAUCAGCCUCCAUCCAUUUCAUUAUGUCCUGUCAUGCCACUCCCUACCAAAGCUAUGUACACAAUCCACACCUGUCACUGAAGAUCCUCGAGUGUCCUCCGCCAUUGAACGAAGAGGAUGGAAUGAAUGAGAGAGACUUAUUUAGUGAUAAUCCUCAGAGAUACUUCAUUGGAACAUAUAUUUCUUCGGAUGGUGAUAAUGCAAAGUCAUUGUUCAAACAUCAUGCACUUCCAGAAUACUUUGUAUUGCGCCAUGACUAUAUUCCAGUGUUUGAAGAGGUGACACAAGUGUCCAGUCACUAUCAACAUAUUGCCACACUUACCAAUGGCCUCGAUAUCACCAGCACCUCAGUCUAUCAACGACUUCGUACAGAUACACCAUCACGU